AGCACUUGGGGUGCAUCAGUAUUUUAUGAAUGAACAUGUUGCAAAUGUCCUUUCACAGGAGGGUCCAACAAAGGUCCAGUAAUAACACAGUAUUAUGCAGGAAAAUAAAAUAACGCUUGAUCUAAAUCUUUUUGCAAUAAUUUUGGUAUUAAACUUAGACUAUAAGAGGAUGUAUCGGUUUGUCGAGGCAGGUGCUUUGUUAUAUUGUGAAAAGAUGCUCCCCGCAUUCAAAAUGGUACAGUCUCGGUUCAUUCAUAAAAUUCUGAGGGAAUAUAUAUAGGAGGGGCUUGUAUACCAGGCUUAUCAUUGACCAGGUUUAUAUAUAAACCUGGAAAAGGGAGACUGGAAUCAGGGAAGCAAGACUGACAGAGCGGAUCCCUGGUCAAUUUCUUUUCUUUUUUUUUCUUCUGGAAACGUGCCUACGUGGAGAAAUGAUCCUUAGCAAAGUCGGUGUGGAGUCUGUGUCACGCUGCAGUUCUGCAUCUCCUGCCGGGGAGCUGAUGGAGACCUCACAGGGCCCCGGGCCGGAUGGUGAGGCUCCCGUGGCUCCGUUUGUCCCCACAGUAACUGCGAUCUCCACCAGUCCAGACUUGCAGUGGAUGGUGCAGCCGACCAUCAUCACCUCCGUCUCCCCGUCUGCGACCAGACCUGAAACCGGAGAGACUGCAGCCAAGAGGAGUGGAGCCAAAGCGAAAAACGCUGCCAGGAAGGGAAAAGUCGAGCAGCUCACGCCAGAAGAGGAGGAGAAGAAGAGAAUAAGGAGAGAGAGAAAUAAAAUGGCUGCAGCAAAGUGCAGGAACAGACGGAGAGAGCUGACAGACACCUUGCAGGCUGAAACAGACAAACUGGAAGAAGACAAAGCAGCUUUGCAGGCAGAAAUAGCAAAUCUUCUAAAAGAAAAGGAGAGACUUGAGUAUGUUCUUGCUGCACACAAGCCUAUAUGCCAGCUGCCUGAAGAGCUGGAAAACAUUUUCCCAGAGUCACCACAGCCUCUCCCUUCAUCAGAGAUAUCUGGCCAACUUCCAGAGGAUGGUGCGCAGGACACCCCUUCUCUACAAGACUUGGAGACACCUUCUGUUCCACCCACAGCCAUUUCAGGCAAUUCGAAUAUCCUGCUGUGCUCCAGUGCAGAGGUCAAUCUGUGCGACCUUGAGCCAUCACUGGACGUCAAGGAGGAGCUGUUGGAAAAUAUCCUUAGCAGUGUGGAUGAGGACCGGAUCUCUGUGGAAAAAGCACGCUCAGUCCCUGACAUUGACCUUAAUGGCUCCCUAGGCUUCACAGACUGGGAAACCCUGUAUAAGUCUGUGGCCAACGAUCUGGAGCCUUUAAGCACCCCUGUGGUGAGUGCCUCCACCCCGACGUGCAGCAACUACCUGUCCAUCUUUACGUUUGCCUGUCCAGAGCUGGACUGUCUUACUGAGGAAAUGGAUGGCUGCAAAAGUGGGCUAUCCAAAUCUGAUACCGGUGUGGAUCUUCUAAACUCCCCUACACUCCUGGCAUUAUAAAUAUCGAUUAUAAUUGUUGAUAUAAAUCCAAACAAAAAGGAAGGUUUCACAAUCUCAAUUACUAGAUAUCGCUGUGUUGUGAUAUCCGAGAAGAGCGGUAUUGAUAUGAAGCCGGUAGCAUCCACAAGAUGUGUAAUGCGACUAGGAAAGACCUCAUUUACCCUCUUCCAGAUACUCUUGAUGUAGCUAAGAGCAUGAAAAUAAAUCUAUGAAAUCCUAUCCUAUGGACAGUUAUGAACUGUAUUCUGAUUCAAAAAGCAUGCACAAAGAUCUAAUAUAAAAUAAUAUAUAUAUAAAUGAAUAUAUAUAUGUAUGUAAGAGUUUUAUAUCUGUUUGAUCUUCUGUGAGGUCUUCUGUAAGCUACAGUAUAUUGUGCACUGUUCGCUGUGCAGUUUUGUGUUUUUUGAUGGCAAUAGUUUAUCAAUGUUGUGCUUUAGUACAUAUUCUUGACAGUUCUUACAUACCUCAGUGUCAUCAUGCAGUCUGUGUUAUGACAUCAUUAAUAAUGUUUAGAGUUUUCCAUGAAAACAUCGAGUGGUAUAUCAAUCAAAAUGUAUUUUAUGAUACUUUAUUUUUCUACCUUAUAACUUUUUGACUUGUGCAUCAGAUGAAGAGUUAAAUGAGCACUGAUUUCUUAUGAAUUAAUAA